AUGGAAGAAAUCGACCUUUACGAGGUGCUCUCCAUAUCGAAAGGCGCAAGCAAGGCGGAGAUCAAGAAGGCCUACCAUAAGGCCGCGCUAUCCCACCACCCCGACAAAGUCGCAGAAUCUGAACGCGAAGAAGCUGAAGUCCGCUUCAAAGCAGCCAGCCAAGCCUACGAGAUCCUCUACGAUGAUGACAAGCGACACCUCUACGACACGCAUGGCAUGGCUGCGUUCGACCCUUCGCGAGGCGGUGGCAUGGGUGAAGGGCCCGACAUCAAUGAUAUCUUCGCGCAAAUGUUCGGCGGCAUGGGUUUUGAAGGUGGGAUGCCAGGCAUGGGAGGUAUGCCCGGUAUGGGCGGCAUGCCGGGCGGCAUGCCAGGCGGUCGGAGACAGCCACGAAAGGGCGCAAAUGUAGAGCGCGAGUACGAGGUUUCGCUGGAGGAAUUGUACAAAGGCAAGACCACUAGGUUCACCAACUCGAAGCAGGUGGUGUGCGAAAAGUGCAAAGGAAGCGGUGGCAAGGAAGGCGCAAAGGCGCAUCAGUGCAGCCAGUGUAACGGGAGAGGUCAGAAGGCUGUCCUCCGACAAGUUGGCCCCGGCCUCGUAACGCAAGAAACGGUUCCCUGUGGUACCUGCUCCGGUAACGGGGAAAUCAUACCCGAAAAGAACCGCUGCAAGAAGUGUAAGGGAAAGAAGGUCGUGGACGGCAAGAACGUGGUCGAGCUAUACAUCCCUCGUGGCGCGCGGCAAGGCGACCGGAUAGUGAUCGCGAACGAAGCAGACCAGAAGCCCGAUCAAGAGCCCGGAGACGUCGUGUUCGUGAUCGAGGAGACGCCCCAUGAUGUCUUCGAGCGCGCAGGCGCAGACCUGAAAGCGGAUCUGGAGAUCUCCCUUGCGGAAGCGCUGACUGGCUUCAACCGCGUUGUUCUCACACACCUGGAUGGCCGCGGUAUCCAGUUAAACGUCAAGCAGCCGGAAGGAAAGGUCCUCCGACCGGGCCAGAUUCUCAAGGUCCCUGGUGAGGGUAUGCCAAUGAAGCGCAGCGAUGCCAAGGGCGACUUGUAUCUCGUGGUCGAAAUCGAAUUCCCCGAAGACGGCUGGCUCAAGGAUGACGCUGCCAUCAAGAAAGUCCGCGACGUGCUGCCCAAGCGGGAGGCAGACGAAGAGAAGCAUGAAGAUAUUGAUGAGGUAGAGUUUGAGUUUGAUGCGGAUGCGGAAGAGUUCGGUGCGGGUAGCGGCGACCCACGCGCUGGCGGCGGAUGGGAAGACGAUGAGGAGGAAGAAGGUGGUCCGCAGUGCGCGACACAGUAG